AUGAUCCGCACGGCUGCUACUCGACCAGCGGUCGCCGCCCUCAGGGCUAUGACCCAGGCAGCUGAGCAACAGAGAGGCAUGGCGACGUUGAGAGAAAUUGAACAGCGAUUAAAAUCUGUCAAGAACAUUGAAAAGAUCACAAAGUCAAUGAAAGUCGUCGCUUCGACAAAGUUGACUAGAGCUGAGAGAGCGAUGAGGGAGGCGAAGAAGUACGGAGCUGCCAACAAGGAGCUCUUUGAACACGCCAAACUCGAAGACGUUUCCAACCCCAAAGUCGUCUAUCUCGCCAUGUCCUCCGACGGUGGAUUGUGUGGAGGUAUUCACUCUUCCAUCUCGCGAUACAUUAAAAGAGAACUCGGUGGAAACCCUCAGGAUCUCAUCAUUCUGGGUGACAAGCCCAAAGCUCAACUCGCUCGAGUCAUGGGUCAAAACAUCAAAGUCACCUUCAACGGGGUUGGUAAAGAUGUUCCGACAUUCGCAGAGGCUUGUGCGAUCGCCGAUGAGAUUGGAAAGAUUGAAGGAGGCUGGGAUGAGAUCCGAAUCAUCUCUAACCACUACCUCUCUGCUCUCUCUUACGAAGCUCGACCUACCUCUAUCAUCUCCUCCAAGGCCAUGACCCAAUCUGCCGGUUUCCAAGCUUACGAAGUCGAGGAUGACACCGCCAAAGACUUGGCCGAUUUCGCUCUUGCCAACGCCAUUUACACCGCUCUUGUCGAAGGCCAUGCUGCUGAGAUCUCAGCAAGGAGGACAGCUAUGGAGAAUGCUUCCAACAACGCCAACGACAUGAUCUCCUCUCUUCAAUUGCAAUACAACCGUGGUCGUCAAGCCGUUAUUACCAACGAAUUGAUCGAUAUUAUCACUGGUGCUUCUGCUCUAUAG